UUUACCCGCCAACCGUCACCCCCGCUCUUGCAUUAGGCGGGAAAAUUUCAAAACCCUAAUUUAAUUCUUCAAAUUAACGAGGGAAAAUCAAUACAAAAUUCAAAAACCUAAAACCUACUUCAUAAAGUUGUUUGUUGUGCUAUAUAUACACGCACAUCUCACUGAAAUCGAAGCAAUCCAUUCCCUCUGACAACUGUUCGACGAAAUUCCUCACUGAAAGAAAGAAUCGAGAAAAUGUAUGUUUGGAAGAGAGAUGGGCGUCAAGAAGCAGUCCACUUUGAUAAGAUCACAGCUAGGCUUAAGAAGUUGAGUUAUGGACUCAGCCCUGAACACUGCGAUCCCGUGCUCGUAUCACAGAAGGUUUGUGCUGGUGUUUACAAAGGAGUUACGACGAGCCAGCUCGAUGAAUUGGCUGCUGAGACCGCCGCUGCCUUGACUGCUAAUCACCCUGACUAUGCUAGCCUGGCCGCAAGGAUUGCUGUUUCCAAUCUGCACAAGAACACAAAGAAAUCAUUUUCCGAGACGGUUAAGGACAUGUACAACCAUAUCAGUGAGAGAUCUGGACUAAAGGCGCCUCUGAUUUCUGAUGAAGUGUAUGAGAUUAUCAUGAAGAAUGCAUCUCGACUGGACAGUGAGAUCAUAUAUGACAGGGACUUUGAUUAUGAUUACUUUGGUUUCAAAACCCUGGAGCGGUCUUACCUCUUAAAGAUCAACGAAAAAGUUGUAGAAAGGCCACAACAUAUGCUGAUGAGAGUUUCUGUUGGGAUCCACAAGGAUGAUAUUGAAUCUGCCAUCAAAACUUAUCAUUUGAUGUCUCAAAGAUGGUUCACUCAUGCCUCUCCAACUCUUUUUAACGCUGGAACUCCAAGGCCUCAAUUAAGUAGCUGCUUCCUUGUAUGCAUGAAAGAAGAUAGUAUCGAGGGCAUAUAUGACACUCUUAAGGAAUGUGCUGUUAUUAGCAAAUCUGCUGGAGGAAUUGGAGUAUCUGUUCACAAUAUUCGUGGUACUGGGAGUUAUAUUCGUGGGACAAAUGGGACAUCAAAUGGAAUUAUUCCGAUGCUACGCGUGUUUAAUGACACUGCUCGAUAUGUUGACCAAGGAGGUGGCAAAAGAAAAGGUGCUUUUGCUGUCUAUCUUGAGCCCUGGCAUUCUGAUGUAUUUGAAUUUCUGGAUUUGAGGAAGAACCAUGGAAAGGAAGAGCAUCGGGCCCGAGAUCUUUUCUAUGCUCUUUGGGUGCCUGAUCUUUUUAUGGAAAGAGUCCAAAGCAACGGGCAGUGGUCUUUAUUUUGUCCAAGUGAGGCCCCUGGAUUGGCAGAUUGUUGGGGUGAAGAUUUUGAGAAGCUGUAUACAAAGUAUGAAAGAGAGGGUAAGGCGAAGAAGGUUGUGCAAGCACAAAAUCUCUGGUUUGAGAUCUUGAAGUCUCAGAUAGAAACUGGGACCCCAUACAUGCUGUAUAAGGAUUCUUGUAAUAGAAAAAGCAACCAGCAGAAUCUUGGCACUAUCAAGUCUUCUAACUUGUGUACUGAAAUUAUUGAGUACACAAGUCCUACUGAAACUGCUGUGUGUAAUCUUGCAUCAAUUGCUCUUCCACGAUAUGUUAGAGAGAAGGAGGUCCCAAGUGAAUCACAACCAUCUAAGCUUGUUGGGAGCAGAGGCUCUAAAAACCGAUACUUUGAUUUUGACAAACUGGCAGAGGUCACUGCAUUGGUUACUACAAACCUGAAUAAAAUUAUUGAUGUCAACUACUACCCUGUUGAAACUGCAAAAAGGUCUAAUUUACGACAUAGACCUAUUGGACUUGGGGUCCAGGGUCUUGCAGACACAUUCAUAUUGCUUGGCAUGUCAUUUGAUUCACCAGAGGCUCAGCAGCUAAACAAAGACAUAUUUGAGACAAUAUACUACCAUGCUUUAAAAGCCUCCUCUGAAUUAGCUGCCAAGGAAGGCCCAUAUGAGACAUAUGCAGGAAGUCCUGUAAGCAAGGGUAUUCUCCAGCCAGACAUGUGGGGAGUAACACCAUCAGAUCGAUGGGAUUGGGGUGUUCUCCGUGAAAUGAUUGCAAAGAAUGGUGUAAGAAAUUCACUUCUUGUAGCUCCAAUGCCCACUGCUUCAACCAGCCAAAUUCUUGGAAACAAUGAAUGCUUUGAGCCUUAUACGUCCAAUAUCUACAGUAGAAGAGUUCUAAGUGGUGAAUUUGUUGUGGUGAACAAACAUCUUCUUCAUGACUUAACUGAGAUGGGGCUUUGGUCUCCUACCCUCAAGAAUAGGAUAAUUUAUGAUGAUGGUUCUGUGCAGAAAAUCCCAGAAAUUCCAGAGGAUCUUAAACUCAUAUACAAGACUGUUUGGGAGAUCAAGCAACGGACCUUGGUUGAUAUGGCUGUUGACCGAGGAUGUUAUAUUGAUCAGAGUCAGAGUCUCAACAUCCAUAUGGACCAACCCAAUUUUGGAAAGCUUACAUCCCUGCAUUUUCAUGCUUGGUCCAGGGGUCUGAAAACAGGAAUGUACUAUCUAAGAUCACGCGCUGCAGCUGAUGCUAUCAAGUUCACAGUCGAUACUUCCAUGCUGAAGGAAAAGCCACAGACUCCAGUUGACGACGAAACUAAAAUGGCUCAAAUGGUAUGCUCUUUGAGUAACCGUGAUGAGUGUAUGGCUUGUGGAAGUUAGUGCUUUAUGCAGAAGGAUUUUGAACUUUUGGCUUUUGUUAUGUAUUUCUUCCCUGCAUUCUGGGAAAGCUUAGUAUCGAUAGGCCAAAGUAGGCCCUAGUAGGAUAUGGCCUGUAUUGACGUCCCUGAUUAAAUCUUGUUUAACUCUUUGUACAUAUAUUAGAUUAUAGUAUCUGCUGUUACCAAGCUUGCAAUUUUCUUGUAUCAGUAACUAGUAUUGCUGUAUUGCAUAUCUGAAUAUAUCAGUGAUAAGAAUGUGUUAAUCUCU